GGAAGUUUCUGUGUGUCAUUUUCUUGUACGUAGAGUAGAGAGUAGGUGUUGCUGUCAUAUUAAUCUGAUAGUCGAUGUUUGGUUAGAUUGGCAGACGUAUGCUCAGUGAUGGGGGCUGAGGCGAGCAUAUUAGAUGGAUGUGACCUAGAAGAAGCUACGUCGGACGAGUUUUGUCCCUGGGUUCUUCGUCACGGACAGCUCGCGGAUGACUCUCUCAUCACAAUAUUGUCAGAUCAAAAUUGUGAUCGGACCAUGAGAGAUUUAUUUCAACGAAAUGUAAAGAAUCUAAGAAGCUUACGACAUCCCAGUAUUGUGAGAUUCCUUGCCUCUGGCGAUCAGUCCAGUCAUAGUUACGUUAUAGCUGAGAGAGUUGUCCCUGUCCUCAGUCUUAUUGAGACACAUUCCUCUAUUGAAAUCUGCGCUGGACUCUUCUCCAUUUUGGAAGGAUUAUCUUUCUUACAUGAAAAGGCUGGGAUGUGCCACAACAACAUCAGCCUGGAGUCUGUGUCUGUAACCGACACGGGCCAGUGGAAGUUGGCAAGCUUGGAACAUGCCUGUAAAUUUGAAGAUGCUACCCCUCAGUACCUGACUUCGGCCAGAAAACAGAGAAGUCCAAAGACUAUUGCACCAGAAGAAAGGGAAGAGAAUAUGAGGUCUGUACCAGAGCUGGCCUUUGCGAGAGAUGUGUAUGCAUUUGGUGUGAUGGUGGAAGAACUGUUGGAAAAACUUGAAGACUUAGGUGAUAUGACAAAAACGUUUGAGCUGAGGAUCCAAGAUGAGUGUUUACAUCCAGACCCAAAAGCCAGACCAAAAUUAGAAACAUUACUUAACGAUCGAUUGUUCAGAAAUGAUUUCAUAACAAUCUCAAGAUUUCUUCAAAAUAUCACAUUAAAAUCAGCUAAGGAGAAGAAGGAAUUUUUUGAAGAUAUUAUGGAACGAUUGUACAAGAUCCCUGAAGAGACGGUGGGCAGGUGUUUAACUAGAAGUCUACUGUGUCGUUUUGUCCUGCUGGAUACAGACGCGAAGCGACACCUCAUUCCUAACAUACUGGUACCCUAUCGUGGUGACAAGCGUCCAAAUACAAGUGCAGGGGAGGAAACUCCUCUUUUCAGUGUAUCAACAUUUAAGACGUUCAUUGUGCCGGAGAUUCACCGUGUGUUCCAUUGUCAUGACUACCAUAUACGCAUGACCCUCCUCACCUACUUCUCUCACUACGUCGAUCUCUUCACGAAGGAAAACCUGGAGGAGACCAUAUUACCUCAGGUGUUACUGGGACUACGCGAUACAAAUGAAGAUCUGGCCGCCCUCAGUCUGCGAUGUCUCGCUGAUCUUGUACCGUUGCUUGGACGCCAAAUGGUGAUCGGUGGAAAGGCCAAGACCUACUUUAAAAGGGGCAUGCCUAAGACUGUACAGAGACAACACCUGCAGAGCAACGGUGACCCAGUUUUUAGGUCUGACGACAUUAUGGACACAAAGGAAGGCGUGUUCAGCUCAGUCAAUGAUGUAAUGGGCAAACCACUACUCAAGGAUCUGGCCAAACUAAGUAAAGUCCACAGUGUUGCUGUUAGAGAAAGUGAAGCUGAAAGUAAAAGAAAGGCAAGAGAACAAAGAAUGCAGGAGUCAAUGCUGAAGAGAGAAAAACGAAGACAGGAAAGACAGAUUAAGUCAGAGAAGAUUGCUGUCAGUGAUGGUGACGAGAUUGUUGCCUAUGACGUAGAAGAGGUUAGUGAAGUACACACACCUGAAAUGAUGGAACAACACACAGAUAUUAUAGAGUCAGAGAAAAGUGUAGAUAGUGACACGUCCAAGGAUGAGGAGGAUUGGACUGGCUGGGACGAUGAGGAACAGUUAGAUAGUGAUCCAGUGAUAGAGGAUAGAAUGACACAACACCAGUCAACAGCUACCUCUGUAACAGACUGGAAUUCUGAUUGGACAGUAAAUGAUGAAACUCACGAGGAAAAUCAUGUUACAUAUAGUCCUAAAAAAGAACAAAAAAAGGAUGUGUCAAUAACGGGCAAAUCAUCAGCCCUGUCCCUAAAAUCUGUUAAGAAGCCUAAACCCUCAACCAAGACUGCAGCUCUUGGCUCAGAGUACAUCAUGGAGAUUGAGGUGAAGAAAAUACAAGCUGAAAAGGAAGUGUUUGAUUUCUUCGCUGACAUGACUCCACGUAUAACAAGUACAGUUGUAAGUACUGGUGUGACGGACACGGAGACCGUAUCUACUGUUAAUGGAGACACUGAUACGACUGUUGUCAGCAGCAUUACCCACAGGUCUGUGUCUGAUAAACAGGCCACACAAGCAAUCAGCAUGAAAUACGAUGUCACAGAAACAGACGAUGCUACUGAAGGUUGGGGCGAGGAAGGAGGCUGGUGUGAGGACGGAGGCUGGGAUGACAAUCAGUUCUAGCUGUUCUGGCAGUUAAUGGAUUCAGAAAGACCACAUUUCAGAAUUGAUUCAUGCAAUAUGUAUAUGUAAAAAAGAACUUCAGUUGUACUAUACAGAGAAUUAAUAGGGCUGUUAGAAACCUUGAGUGUUUAUUAGCUCACCUGGUCCGAAGUUGUACAAAUGGUGUGGCUGACCUCUUGUGGGCCUGAAUGGUGGGGCCAAAAGGGGUCAAUUUGGCUAUAUAUAUCCGGUAGAAUGGUUAUUGGGUUGAGAUUCAAAAUUAUAAGGGUGGUUGGGCUAACCCCUUGGGGGCCUGUGGGGCGGGGCCAAAGGGGUCAAUUUGGCUAUAUUGAUAUAAACGACUUCUUUGAAUAUAAGAAAUGGAUAUUACUCAUAUUCAACUGGUAGCAUAUCCCUAUAGGUUAGAGAUUCAAAAUUGUGCAAAUUGUGGGUGGGGACAAAAGGAGUCAUUUUCAUUUCGUUGAUUGAUGCACGUUUUGGCAUAAGAUCCCGACAUUUUUAGAAUAACAACAAAACCAAUGAACUUAGCUUGUACCCAAAUAAAAUACUUGAUAUAUCAACAUAGCAAGACGGUCGACACAAACUUGUGCACCAUUCUUGUUUUAUAUGUCAUGAGACCUGUGGAGUAAUACAGGUUCUCUUAUUACAGGUUCUCUUAUUACAGGUUCUCUUACAGGUUCUCUUAUUACAGGUUCUCUUAUAACAAAGAUUUAUUAAGAUGGAACAGUAUAUAUUACAUGUUUUGGUAACCUGGGGAUGUAUACAACCUGGUGAUGUGUACAACAUAAUAAUGUAUACAACAUAAUGAUGUGUACAACAUAGUGAUGUAC